AUGAACAUAAGCUGGAUCAACAGGCCACACAGCCAGGGGAAGAAUGCAACUGGAAUAAUGGUGUCCAAACUACGGCCCGCCAAAGUCUUCACUGCGCCCUGUGAGGCGUUACAAGUCAGAAGCUUGGCCUGCGGAAUAACUCUGCAGAAUGUGAACAAGCUGAACCUUCUGAGAUUGGCCCCUGGCGGUCAUGUUGGACGCUUCUGCAUAUGGACAGAGAGUGCUUUCCGCAAGCUGGAUGAACUGUAUGGCACCUGGCGUAAAGCGUCCACCCUCAAAGUUGACUACAACCUGCCAAUGCACAAGAUGACAAACACAGACCUGAGCAGGAUUCUGAAGAGUGAGGAGGUCCAGAAAGCACUUCGUGCACCCAACAAGAAGAUCAACCGCAGAGUACUGAAGAAGAAUCCCCUUAAGAACAUUAGGGUUAUGUUCAAACUGAACCCGCACGCCAAGACAGCAAGACGUCACGCCAUUCUUCAGCAUGACCCCAAGAUCAAGGCAAAAAUGCUGAAACCUAAGAAGAAGCCUGGAAAGAAAGGAGCACCUAAGAAAAUCAAGGCAUAAAUUUAUACUUGCUGACUGGAGUUCAUUAAGAAAAUAAAUAAUUGGUUUCAAGUCA